AGUACACGCGCAUUCUGCUUUAUGGUGAAAAGGGGGAUGUGAAGAGGUGUGAUGUCCAGGCUUUUAGAGCAAAUCUGAUAAGUGUGCUGUAUGGCAGUGUUUUGAUAGAAGUGUGAGCGAUUAGGCCAACCAUUAUUGUCCCACGCACUUGUAAAUUGUUGGAAUGGUCAAGUGGAUCCUCAGAAAUUAAGCAAAGCAAAACUUUUCGGGUGAGAUUUGAAACUCUUCGAAACUGAUUAUUGGAAGAGAAUACAAUGUUUUUUUUUUUUUUUUUUUUAAGUUUAUAAGUUUUGUAAAUUUUUUAAAGCUUUUUUCGUUGGCAAUUGGCACGUCCAUUUUAUUUGUUAAAAAGUCGUUUCCAAAUGAAAUUAGCUGUAGGCUAUUUGUAGCCUGUAGCCCUCAUUAGGCAGGAGAAUUAUUUGCGAACACACGAGAAGACCCCACACACAUCAAAAGAUCAGCAAAAAGACCACUUUCAAUUGAUGCUACACUUCAGUGACUCCAAGUAAAACACGUCCUGCUUUGUUAUACCGGCGCUUCAGGGGGGAAGACUGUGACCCCACCUCAUAGCCUGCACUAAUGAAAAAAGCAAUCUAUAGUGAACCAGCUGAAAUAAGUAAAAUAGGCCUACCUUACUUUAUUUUUAUUGUAAGAUUGAAUUUACAAGAUGGAUGGACUUUGCAAGUCAAUAUUUAGCCUACAAUAUUUAGCACCUUAUCCUGGAUUAAAUAGCCUAUGCUCACAUAACAUUGUUAAAUGCAAGCUGCAGAAACGGUAAUAGCCUACUGUGCAGUGUAAUAACUGUCCAAAUGGCUAAGUGCACUUCUUAUUGUCUAUCGAUAAUCAUAACGAUUCGAAAUUCUUUUAAAAUUUGAAGUUCUUUUAAAUAGGCCUAUAACGCAUAUGAAUGGUUCAAACCUUCUUUGAUAAUCUUUGGCAAUACCUUAACUGAAUAGCCAUCGUUUAAACAUCCCAGCGGGGGGCUAAAUGGGUCAUUAUUGGCUUUUAAUUCACAAUUGGCAUUUACAGGCAUUGUCUCUUUCAUCCAGCUUGUAGCCUAUGUGAAUAUCAAUGAGGGGCUUGCUCAAGGAGAGAGGGAUUUCGUUAAUCGCCAAAAUGAGUAAAGAAGAUCCUGACAUACCAGAACAAAAAGACUCGACACGGGUCUCAAAACCUCUCAUGGAGAAAAGAAGGAGAGAUCGCAUUAAUCAAAGCCUAGAAACUCUGAGGAUGCUAUUACUUGAGAAUACACACAAUGAGAAACUCAAGAACCCUAAAGUCGAAAAGGCUGAAAUCCUGGAAAGUGUUGUGCACUUCUUAAGAGAUGACCAAGGACUGGGGACUGACCCUUUUAAAAUCACCAGAGGAAAAAGAGCACGCACAGAGGAGUCUGAUGAAGACCUGAGUUCACCUAGCAAAUGUCAGAGCUACCGUGAUGGAAUGAGGACAUGUCUGAUACGAGUCAGCAAUUUUAUUGCUAGCAAGAGCCAUGAGUUUGGACAUGGAGUGGAGAAAGCAUGUGGAAACCUUCACAAAUCACACUCAAUGCAAGCCCAGCUACUGUCCACACCAUCCCGCAGAGAAACUCAGGUGCAUCUCAAUGAGGACUCAUCACUGCCAGCACAGCAGCAUCUCACUCAUGUGCAGCUGAGCAAUUCUUGCACACCAUCUGGCUGUGUGAAGCAUGCACAAAGAACUGUUCUUUCUGCUCCCGCCAUGACUUCAAGUCCUAAGCAACCUGUAAUGCUCUGUGACGCUGUCUGGAGACCUUGGUAGAUGAUCAUGUCCAAAGUCCCUGCAAAGCUCUCUAAAGACUGAAAAGGCCAGCUUGGUAUUACAGUGAUUAAUGAUUCAGCAGUGUUGAAGCAACUCUGGGAGAAUAGACUGUGAAUUGUGUAAAUAUGUGGAUUUUGUACAGUAGAUGCCAAAGAUUUAUUUUGUUUUGAGAAAUCUGUGCCUGCAUAGUGUGUUUGGUGAUCUUACAGCCGAACAAACAAGAUACACAUUUGUGUUGAGAUGAAUAUAUUUCUUAGUUAGAACUUUGAUGCUUUUAUAUGAACAGAAUUUUCUUUUUUUCUUUUUUUGAUGGAGAAUCAUGAACAUUUCGGUGUGAACAUUUCAAUGGUGUUGUUCUUAUUUUUUUAACUUGAGUGCCAAGAAACUGUUCAGAGCACAAGUUCAUGUCAUUUUUAUUUUUUCUUUGUGGUAAUUGCCAUAUAUUUGUGUUCUUCUAAAACAUUGAAAAAUGUUCAUUUCA